UUGGUGACGCCGCGCGCUCGCGCACGCUGUCCCUUGAUGUUAAGCGUUAAUUGAACAACUGUAUAGUGUAGGCGGUGUAUUUAUUUAGAAUUCGGACACUUGAAGUUCAUUUUUCUGAUUUGUUUCCAUUUUCUUAAGUUGGCGGACCACAUGCGACUGAGAAUAACGAUGACACGACUUCAAGUUCAGCUCUUCGUGCUGCUGUGGGUAACUUCCGGUUUCUUGGUUAGUAAAGCUUCAUUGCCUAGGUCUCCAUCUGAUAUUUUGACGAGCAUUAAAAAAUCCUGCAAAGGUGCUGUUCUAGCAUCACACAAUGGAACCACACAUAUGAUAUGUAUAGAAAACACUACACAGCAUUACACCCUGGCAGCUGUGUGGUGCCAUGAGCUUGGCUGUGGAUCACCCAUUUCUACACACUUGGAUAUACCUGUGAAUAAUAUUUCCAUGCCAUUCCUAGAGGUGUUGAACUGCAAAGGAUCUGAGCCUACAGUGUCUGAUUGUCAACUGCAUGGAGGGUCCGAAGAAAGAUGCAAUUCCAGUAAAGUCUUGGUAGUGGACUGCUUAGAAGAUUCAACAGUCAGAGAAGAGAAUAUAGACAAUGAGACGGGUCGUCUAGUUGGAGGAAGAACAAAAUGUGAUGGUUAUGUGGAAAUACUGUCAAAUGGAAGUUGGAGCUUAGCGUGCUCUUCAGGAUUCAAAGAGAAUGAAGGGGCUGUUCUUUGCCGUCAGGUUGGUUGUGAAGCUGAAUGGGUGUCAAUCACACCUACUAAAAGAAAGCAAACUUUGGGACAAUCUCAGCCUCUACCUUUUGAGAAGAUUAAAUGCAUUGGAAAUGAGUCUUCUGUUUCGGUUUGUCAAUAUAUUGAGAAUGACAACUGUACUCCAGCGUACAAUGUAUACCUCACCUGUAAUACAGAAAGACCUAAAGAAAAUUGGCUUACAUGGCUAGCCUUGAUGGUUGCUGCCAUUAUUAUCAUAGUCUUUUGCUUUGUACGAGCAAUGGAGACACUGAAGUGCUGUCAUCAGAUGAUGGGAAGACAACAUCCAUCCAGGUACACAAGUGUGGAUCAGCAGUGGAGAUGCUGUAAUGGCAACACCUCUCCAGUCCAUAAAAGAAGACGACGGCAACCUGAGCUUCAAAUCAUGGUGGACCCUAUAGAAGACAAGCAAAGCACAUUGGGAUCACCAGUUCUCAGAGAGCCAACAGAAAUCAAUGCCCUUCUUGCACCACAUGGAUUUCAGCUGAACAAUUCAAUCACCCCCCCUCCAAGUUACAUGAAUGCUCUUAAAGUAAUUUCCAAGCCUCUGGACAACACACAAACCCCACCUCCCAGCUAUUUGGAAGCACUCAAAGUCCUGUCCAGACCAGUUAUUGUCCAUGUGCCGGCAGAUUUGGACAAUGAGGAAGAAGAACUUCUUGCAAAAAAAUCAGAAUUCUCAGAACAGAGGCAGUAGGUUGGCUUUAGCAACUUGUGUGAGAUAAUGGAGAUAGCAGUAAGCCAAAUCUUUAUAAUGGGGAAAAGAGCUGCCAUCAUUACUAAGCCCGCCUGAUACUUUUUGAAUACUGUGUCUAGAUACUGUGCAUAUCAUUGAAGACCUUAGCAGUCUACCUUGAAAAUAUAUUUAUUAGACAUUAUUUUAAAACUAAUUUUGAAAUCAACUACCUUUUAGAAGGAGUAUGAAAAUACGUACAAAAUACGGACAAGUGUUUUAUUGUCUGUUGGUUUAAUUUCAGUUUAAAUGGUAUGAACUUUAACUUUGAAAAAAACAUAAGCAGCUGUAUUAAUUUUUAUCUUUUUCUUUAAUUAAUUCUUUUUCUUUUUAAUACACAUAAAAUAUUUGUGUUAGAUUACACCCUAUUAAGAAAUAUUGUGCCAGAAAUACUGACUUAGAACAGUUUAGGAAUCGUCAGUGUAGCAUUUAACUAACAGAACUUAAAGUAUACGCUGCCCAUCUUCUAUCAGCUAUUUAUUUUUGGAAAAGCAAAACCACCAUUUUUAAAUGUAAAAGAAUGAAUUAAUGCGGAAGUAAAUACAUAUAAUUCUAUGGAUUGGGUCAUGGCUUAAAUUAUGACUCACUAUCUCAAUUGUCAAAUCAGUAAAUCUACAUGUAAGACAAUGUUUGAAAGAAAACUCUCAAAGUAUUUUCAGUCAGCAUUGGGGAUACUGUAUAGACAAUGAAAGCAAAAUGUACAUUAUUUAAAAUCUAUGAAUAAUGCAUUGUCAUUGAAUUCACCUGGCUCUAGUAGGUCUGUAGUAAAUAUGAAUAGUGAUAAUUUGUAAUACAUUGGUUGAGUAAAAAGAAGAAUAAGAUAAACGAAAGAGGUCAAGUCACCCAUUAUUUAACUUUUUGAGUCUUUUUGGAGAAGCACUUUCACAGUGCUUGGUUGAGUAUUGCUACAAUCAUACAAGAUCAAAACAUGGUUACGUCAGGAGAUAAAGCAACAGGCUGGACAUGCGAAGAUGAAGAAACAAGGAAGAAGUCCCUGUGCUAAAGUCUUCUUGGAAGUGCCUGUCAGCUUCCUCUAUUCUGAAGAAAUGGAAAAUGCCUAAAAAGCUGGGCCGGGCAGUAACGAGGUUUAAGACAGGCAAUAAAAUGCUAAGCAAAAAUCAAAUGGUAAGAAACAAAGUAAAGGUCCUUUCACAAUCUUAUUUUAUGAUGCCCCUAAUUGAAAUAUCAAUUUUUGUCUUUAUGACAAAUAGAUUUAAUUCAAAGUUGUGAGAUGUCAGAAGCAAUACUCCUCUAUCUUUUAUAAGUAGAGAACUCAGUCAGUAUGUGUGUGAUGACUAAUUAGGCUGAUCCCUAAACUCUGAAGUGAAUCUGAGACUUGGACCCAAAAGUGAUUCCUGGAAUGGCAUGAAAGCUGUCUAUGGUCAAAGUCACAGAGAUGAGAUGAUAGGUAGAUUAUUUUGAAAUAUAAUAGUGCUUGGAAUAAUAAUAGUUUGCAUUUAUAUAGCGCUUUUCUCACUACUGGAGAAAGUGCUGAGCAAUUGCAGGUUAAGGGCCCAACAGAGCAGAGUCCUUUUUAGCAUUUACGGGAUUCGAACCAGCAACCUUCCGAUUCCCAGUGCAGAUCUCUAGCCUCAGAGCCACAUUAUUGAGCCAUGACUCAGGACAGACAAGGCAGUUGCCUGUGGAGGAUUGGUUAAAGAGGAAGCUUAAUUUUUUGUGUUCCUUUCUUUCCUUAGUUUUAGCUCAACUUUUAUUUACUAGUACAAUAUGUAUUAUACGCUAAAAAGAAUAUUAAAAUAUACUUGAAUCUCAUUAGAAAUACUUUGUGUGUGGAUAAGACCCCCUUUACCAGCAUUUUUCAAACAAAAACUAGAAAUAUGUAAGAAAUUGUGCUUAUGAGCUGUGCAAUUUAGAAAGUCAUCAGUCACUAACAAAAAAUGAAUGUGUAAAAAUGUAAAGUAAUCGCAUACCUUACAUAUUCAAAUAAUAAAAUUUGUAUCAGUGGGAUUAGCAGCCUGUCUAGGUUAGUUUAUGGCCAAAAUAUACAAAGUUAUUUUAAAUGCUACUUAUCCCAUGUAGUUUGGAGCAAUGGAUGAGAAAAAAAAUUAAUAUCUUGUAUUCAUGGAGAACUCAGAUACCACUCUUUCUGAUAUAAUGGGCGUCUAUGAAGAUCAUCACUGAACCUCAGCAAAAAAAUUGAAAAUGUCUUUUAAAGAUUUUCAUGUUACUUGUGCUGUAUAAUUCACAUAUCUGUCAUAAGAUACCUUUGGGUCAUGAUAAUGAACAGAUUUUAAUAAAUAAAAACUCAGGCUCUAGGUGGUAGCAGGUACUAAUGGAAACACACACAAUUGGCUCCAGAGUGAUGAUGGGACAGUUGGAUAGUCAUGCAUUCACAUAUAGAUGUGCAUGGUCCUGCCAAUUUACUUUCUAACACUCCGUGGUUUAUGAUUGCAAUAUCUGUGUUGAAAUCAAGCAUAAAAGGAGCUAGGGCAGGGGCAGAAGGAGAAGACAAAAAGAAAGAAUGGGAGAGGGAGAGAGAAUUGGAGGUUAAAUUGAAAGUUAAAGAGCAGGGCAGGUUCAUAGAGGACCAGGUGAAAAUAUGGAGGGGAGGCAGGCAGUUCGAGAAAAUAGCCCCAAACACUGACACUUGAAUCAUUUUAUGUAAAAUGCAAACCAGUUUAUUCCUCCAAAGAAUUUGUGUAGUAUUUCUUCUAGAGCUGACAAUUCACUUCAACCAAUGGGAAUCCUAAGCAAUGGUGUAGGACAGAUUGGUAUCACCCAUUUUGUUUUGCUUUAAUACAGUCCUUAGCUUUAAAGGCACCUGCCAGGCACUCUUAACUUCAGUUCAAAUAUUGGUUCUCCACACAGGCUGUGUUUGGCAUGCACUUUUUUUUAGUCUUUUUAGUCUCACCUGAUAAGACUGAUCAAUCAUAGACAAAGUGACACCCAGAGAUAUCUCUGCGAUGCACCAUUUAAACACUUUGUCAGUGAACAAAGAGACGUUAAGUCAACGACUGGCAACAUGAAUGGAGAAAACAUUGCACUAAUCAUCAGCCAAAAGGUUGGGCUUAUGUGCACCCAAGAUACUAAUGGCAAAACAUGAACUCUUUCCUUUAUAACCCUUUGCCAAUGUUAAAUCAGUUCUCUCUAUAUAUACUCUGCUUGCUUUCAGCCUGACCAUAAUUUCUGCUCCAUAUAGCAGAACCCCUGUUGACUAGGGCAUGACCACAACAAAGGCUGCAACGAUCCCUUUUAAUCCUAAGAACAACCUGGUACUUCAUUGGAAAAAUGGAAGAAAGUCUGCAUUGGGGUAGGACAAGGGUGCCACAGGUCCAAACUUUGUUAGAGUAAAGCAAAGUGCAAAUACAAAAGAGAGACCUACAUAAAGCUACUGUAUAUGUUCAUCUUGCUAAAAAUGGGAGUGGACUGAUCACAUACUACCCAGCAGAUGUAAAUUGUUUGCUAGCAAAAGAGGCCCACAGUGUCUGAAACCUCUGAAAAACCUGCAGUACCAAACAGAAGGUGUUACCAAGGUGAAGAAGAGCUUCUGAACAAAGAAUGAAAAAAUUGCACUGAAGAUCUUUUGACAUGUACUGGAGAAAGUUAACACAGAAGGAUAGAAGCAAAGCAUCACCUGCACUCGGAGUUAACAAGAACCAAACCAUAAGUACAUCGACUUUGAUUCCAUAGUAGUAGUUAGGAUAAAGCCAGCUAAUGUGUUAUUGUUAUUGGUAUUACUGUAACUGAAAAAUAAUAUGCAUUUUGAAGGAUAUGUUUUAGCUGUUAUAAGUUUCUCUUCCUAAAUAUAGUAAGAAAGUUCAAAGCAGCUUCACAAACACACACACACACGGAGAAACUGUGCAUGGCAAACCAGUGUAGACUGGAUCUGAGCAAAUUAAUGCCACCAUCAUGGUGAAGACACUAGAAACUUAAUAACUAGAUAAAGAACUUAUCCAUCUUGACCAUAUUAAUAGAAAGAUCAGAAUUAAUAAGUUAUGUGCCUUUUACUAUAAGAAAGAAAAAGUUCAAACUAAGCUGGUGUAAAUCUAUGUUUUGUGUUGUUUUUUAUUGUCCUUCAUUUAUGUAUCUGUAUGCAUAUGUAUCUGUUUAUGCUUGCAUAUAUCUGUCUUUUAUUAUCCUUAUCUUAUGAAUAAAUUGUAUUAUUUGAUUUAUUGAA